CAUAGCAGAGCCACGAGUGGCUGGGCACCGCAAGGAUGUACUUCAGCUGGGCUGCAGGAAGCCAGCAUCCUAGGCGCCUGGAGGCGGGAACCGGAUUUAAACUCUUGCAAGCGGCCAGCGGGGAACGCCACUCACUGCUAUUGUUCAGCAACCACAGGGUGUAUUCCUGCGGGGACAACAGCUGGGGCCAGCUGGGCCAGAAGAGAGAGCAGAGUACCCAAGGGCCAGAACUGAUUCAGGCACUGAAUACUCUGCCGGUUGACCUGGUGAGCUGUGGGAAGGAGCACUCUGUAGCUGUCUGUCACAAAGGGAAGGUCUUCACAUGGGGAGCUGGAUCUGAAGGGCAGCUGGGGAUUGGAGAAUUUAAGGAAAUAAGUUUUAUGCCUACGAAAAUAAAAGCUCUGGAUGACAUAAAAAUAAUCCAAGUUUCCUGUGGACACUACCACUCUUUGGCAUUAUCAGAAGAUGGCCAUGUGUUUUCAUGGGGAAGUAACAGUCAAGGACAACUGGGCCUGGGGAAGGAUUUCUGUUCCCAAACUAUCCCACAGAAGGUGAAGUCUCUAGAGGGGAUCCCACUGGCUCAGGUUGCUGCAGGUGGCACACACAGUUUUGCUCUGUCUCUCACGGGAACUUCAUUUGGCUGGGGCAACAACAGAUCUGGGCAACUGGCUCUCAGUGGGAACAAAAUUAAAGAACAAAUCUACAAGCCUCAUUCAAUUGGUGCCCUGAAGAAUCUGAGUGUGGUUUAUAUUAGCUGUGGUUAUGAGCACACUGCAGUGCUUACUGAGGACGGACAAGUGUUUACAUUUGGAGGCAAUAGCUCUGGACAGCUACAGCACAGCCCCAGGAGUGGGCGAAGAGGCCCACAACUCAUAAAAGGGGUUGACGGCUGUGUUUCACAGAUAGCGUGUGGAAGUUAUCACACCAUUGCAUAUGUCUGCACCACUGGACAGGUGGUAUCUUUAGGCCAUGGACCAAGUCACUCAAGCAACCCAACUCAUCAGGAUGCCCCAGCAGAGAACUCUGACAUUACCACUCAUCAGGAUGCUCCAGCAGAGAACUCUGACAUUACCUGCCUGCUAUCUGCAGAGGACCUGGUGAAUAUUGAAGUCAAAGACAUUUUUGCUGGAGCACAUGCCAACUUUGUGACAACUCGUCGGGUAUCAAACACUAGGUCCACAAGUGUUUCCAGGAGAAUCCUGCCCGAAAUGAUCCGAAUCAACCAGUCUCUGGUAAAGAAAUGGAGAGCAGCAAACAAAGGAAAAGAUCAUCAAGAUGCCAGAAGAGAAAUCAGCUUGAUAUUUUCAUCUUCUGCUUGUUUGACUGCAAGCUUUCUGAAGAAAAGAGAUAAUGGAGAGAAUAAUUUCAUUGAUGUGGACUUAAAACUGGCAAGGGAUGUCUUCAAGAAGUUAACAGCAGAGAAAUGGAUUUCUUCCUUGAUAACCACCUGUCUUGAGGAGAAUCUGCUCAGAGGGCUUCCAUACAGUUCUCUACAUCAAGAAGCUCUAUUGAUUUUUCUUUUGCUCCCAGAAUGUUCCAUUAUGCAGGAUCCAAAGAACUGGAAGACCCUGGCAUUUGAAUUUGCAAAAGCCAUUCAUGAAAUGAAUUCACAGUCAUUAUCAUUCCUGAGAAAGCGAUGGGCAUCUUUGGAAGUUUCUUCUCUGAACAUACUGGUCCAGAUGCUAAAGAAGACCAUAGUCUCUCAACUGUGGGAUGGAGUUCCAGAGAUGCAGCGUGUGUCUAAUACUCAAGUUCUUUUAGAAGUGAUAAAACAGGUGCAUAAGGCUAACUGUCAACUUCCAGAAAAUGCUUUCAUCAUAAAUGAACUUUCUGACAUCUUUAACUUCGAGACAGAGGAAAUAAGAAUACCAGAUGGCAAUCUGUUGUCUACAAAAUCCUUUGAUAUCACUGUUUUCCGUGAUUUUCUAUUUAUCUUUGAUUUGCCAUCCAAAAUUAAAUUAAUGAAACAUGACUCAUCUGUAAAACUGUGGUCUGAAGCCAUGGCAUCUCCAGAAAAGAUGGGUUCCCAAUUCCUUAUACUGAAAGUGAGACGAAGUCACCUGGUGGAAGACACUUUGCGUCAGUUAAGAAAUGCUGAAGACUGGGACCUUAGGAAGCCACUAACGGUUGAAUUUAUUAAAGAAAUUCGUCCUGAGGGUGGGGGAGUGAGUUCUGAGUUCUUCCACUGUAUAUUUGAAGAGAUGACAGACCCUAAAUAUGAAAUGUUCAUGUAUCCUGAAAAUGGUUCCAACAUGUGGUUUCCAGUCAAUCCCAAGUUUGAGAAGAGCAAGUAUUUCCUAUUUGGGAUCUUAUGUGGACUCUCCUUACAUAAUUUAAAGGUUAUCAACCUUCCUUUCCCACUGGCCUUAUAUAAAAAACUUUUGAACCAAAAGCCAUCUUUGGAAGACUUAAAAGAACUUAGUCUUUUCUUGGGAAAGAAUUUGCCAGAAGUUCUAAAUUGUGAGGCUGGUGAUUUUGAAGAACUUAACAUGUAUUUUUCUAUAUACUGGGAUCAAAAAGAUGUUGAUUUAAUUCCAAAUGGGAUCUCUGUGCCUGUGAACGAAACCAACAAGAGAGACUAUGUGUCUAAGUAUGUUGAUUACAUUUUUAACGUCUCUAUAAAGACAAUUUAUGAAGAAUUUCAUAGAGGAUUUUACAAAGUGUGUAACUGGGAUAUAAUUAGGCAUUUCCAGCCUGAAGAACUAAUGACAGCAAUAAUUGGAAAUGCUAGUUGUGACUGGAAACAAUUUGAAAAUAAUUCAAAGUAUGAAGAUGGAUAUGACAAAUCACACCGAACUAUUAUGCUGUUUUGGAAGGCUUUCCAUGAAUUAACUCUGGAUGAAAAGAGGAAAUUCCUCUUGUUUCUUACAGGGUGUGAUAAGCUCCAUGUAAGAGGCUUCCAGAGUGAAGGUAUAGUGUUCCGGUGUCCUGAGUUCUUCAGUGAAAUACAUAACCCAAGAUCACUGACAUGUCACCGUAUUCUAUACCUGCCUAAAUAUUCCUCAAUGCGAAGGAUGAAGGAAGCACUUCAGGUUGCAAUCAACAGUAACAGGGAAUUUGUCUCAUGGCAAUGAUGCAGAAACAUUCACCUCCCAGCAGUUCACAGGCUCAGGAAUGAGGUUUUUCACUCUGGGGGUUCUUCUGUCUUUCCUUAAUCUAAGUAGGGACAGGAGGUUAAAAGAUUUUACUUUAGAGAUAAAUAAGUUGUGAAUUAAUAUUUUUAGUGAAAAAAUUCUGUAAAACAUUAGCUGUAUCCUUUUUUUAUUAGCUGCAUUCCUAACCUUGCUAUUUUAGAAUGUUUGUUUUGGCUGAAAUAUUUUCUGAACAACAAUGUUAUUGUACCAAUAAUAAACUAUUAGUUUGAAAGUAUUAAUAAACCAAGUUUGGAAAUAAUAUGCAAAAGUAUACACUGCUUUCAGCAUGUUUUUGAAGCAUAUACAUGUAUAUUUUGUAUUAAGGAAUAUAUUUAGAGUUGUAAUUUUAGAAAAUGCGAAAUGAUUUAUUUUCAACUUCUAAGUGUUGAUAUUUGUUACUCUUCAAAGAUAUUUAUACUUAGGACAGUGUUCCCAAAUACAUUCUGAAUAUAGAUACUGUGAUUUUAGUAAAAUACUGAGCACAAUCAGGAACUUGUGUCUGCUUGUGGUUGGCAAAAUGUGAAGCAGUUGAAAUAUGUCUUCUUAUGAUGCUGUAGAGUAAAUUAAUAAAGCAACAUAACUGCUAUGGGAAAUGACCAAUACAUCUUGUAUACUAGUUCUGUUUAAUGUUAAAACUUAAAUUGUAUUCUACUGCUUUGAAAUGAUUUUAUAAACUCAUAUAACUUGUCAUAAGAAUGGCAUAUAUGCUGCUGUGACAAGCACUCACUGUAAAAGUUCCACUUCUAUAAAGAUGUUGUAUCAUUAUAGCCUUCUCAGACUUCACAUGUGAGGUGUUUACUGAACUCCAAAGUAACAAAAUAAACUAAUUAAAAAUAGAUCAUUUAAAGAUAAUAAAAUGAUUGUCAUCAAUUGCAACAACAAAAACAAAUGAAUCAUUAGAAGAAGGAAUACUCUUCAGUUAAUUCUCUGGUCCCAGCAUUGCUCCAGUAUCAGACAAAAAUGUCACAGAGAAAAGAAGCCAUAGAUACCUUAUGUAAUGCAGCAAAUCCUUUGCUACAUUUUAAUAUACUUAGAACAUCUAAUAAAAUGUAGAGAGGAAAAUCCCUCACAACCAAGGAGGAAUUAACCCAGAGAUGCACUUAAAAAUCAUCUUAACAGACUAAUAGGAAAGAAUGCCCAUAUAAUACCUCAGAGUAAGCAGAAAUGUAACUGAGCAAAAUUUAGCAGCUAGUCAUGUAUGAGAAAGCAAACAAGGCCUAAAGGAAACUGCCAAUUUGAUAAAGCCUAGAUACUCUUGACUGCUUAAUGGCAAAAGACUAAAUGCUGCCCACUGCCAAAGAGAUGGAAAGGCAUAUCAUGUCCAUGUAACACUGUAUUCAGGAUAUGAAUUCAUAUUAUAAAUAAUGACAAUAAAAAACAUUAAUUCAAAA